AUGAAAGCAUUCGUAUUGUUGGCCGCACUUUUGGGGGUUUGCAGUGGGUUCACUGUACCCCACUCAAUUAUCCACCCGCGAGAUUUGAAGGUCGAGCAUCGCAGCAUCGAGGGUCGCAUUACCAACGGAAACCAUGCGACUGAGGGGCAGGUUCCCUACAUUGUGGGAGUGAGUUUAAAUAGCAACGGAAACUGGUGGUGGUGCGGUGGCUCCAUCAUAGGAAACACUUGGGUUCUCACUGCCGCACACUGUGUCGCCGGUGCUGAUGAGGCUUCUCUGUACUACGGUGCCAUUAACUACAACGAACCAGCCUUCCGUCACACUGUCAGCAGUGAGAACUUCAUCAGGUAUCCUGGUUACGUUGGACUCGACCACGACUUGGCUCUGAUCAGGACUCCCCACGUGGACUUCUACAGCCUGGUCAACAAGAUCGAGCUGCCCAGUCUGGAUGAUCGCUACAAUUCCUACGAAAACAACUGGGCUCAGGCUUCCGGAUGGGGUGCCAUCUACGAUGGCAGCAAUGUGGUGGAGGAACUGCGAGUUGUGGAUGUUCGAGUGAUUUCUGUGUCGGAUUGCCAGGCGUAUUACGGAACUGAAACCGCCACUGAUAAUGUGAUCUGCGUGGACACUCCGGAUGGCAAGUCCACCUGCCAGGGAGAUUCCGGUGGUCCUCUGGUCACCAAGGAAGGUGACAAGCUCAUUGGAGUUACCUCCUUUGGAUCCAUUUAUGGCUGCCAGUCAGGAGCUCCAGCUGGUUUCACCCGAGUGACUAACUACCUGGAAUGGAUCAAGGAGGAGACCGGCAUUUACUAUUAAAUGUUCUCCAAAACUUCCUCUCACUGAAUAAAGUUGAGGGUUUUUUAAGC